AUGCCUGCGUUGGUCUUUACGAGAGAAUCCUCGCUGCGUUCGCUGCAGCUUGAAAACGAGGCGCUGCGGCGUCAACUGCGGCAGACUCAUGUGGACGUGGCGCGACUGCUCCAGCCGCCGCCACUGCCGCGCAAGGCGAAGGGUGAUCGUGGAGUUGAGGCGGAGAAGAAUAGCAGCGGCAGUCGCCAUGGGGACGCGGAGCACAUUGAGCGCCUCGAGCGGCGGUGUGAGCUGUUGGCUACGCGGCUCGUGUCGAUUGUGCGGGACAGACAGUUGUCAGAGUGUGUGGAGGUACACUUUCUGCUUCGAACGCAGGAGGAGGAGCGGCGGUUUCUGCGCGACGCCCUUCUGACGCUGCUGCGGAGGCAAAAACAAGGCACCACCGGCGAGGUCUAUGGGGGGCCGAUGGAUGACGAGAUUCACCCAAGCAUGCUUAGCGCACUAAUCAUGCAGGUGUAUGAGGGGAUACAGCACACCGAGUCUCAGUUGAAGCUGGAGCAGACAGAGCGGCUUCUUCUGCUGGAGCAAAUCGCCGACCUCAUUUUGGACAUACAGCAGGCAGUAGAGAAGGCGGCGCGGUGGGUGUACGACUACCACUGUGAGUUUCUGCAUACCGAUCUUCUUCGCCAAAUGACGCGGUGUAAGGAGCCACACAACGUCGGCACGAGCAAGCUGCUUUCGCUGACGGAUGCAACCCCUGAUUGUCAGUCAGGUUCCUCUCUUCACGUGGGAGGCGGCCACCGUGCAGAGCGACGUUGGCGGGGGGGCGUCGAUGGGCUUAUGGAAUUACCACCAACCUCCGUGCACGAGGCGGCGGGAGCGGCGACGUUGCUUACACAGGAGGGGGGCGAUCUUCUGGAGGCAUGUGACGUGCUGCGGGCGUGUUACCGAGCGUUGGCCGGCGUUCGCACUCUGCUCAGGGAGGCCAUGUCCACACUGACUCCCUCACUCACCUCACAGCCUGGGAAGUUGACACAGGUGGAGGAACUCGUGAAGGGUUUUUAUCGGGAGUUGCAAGAAAUGCGGCAAAGUAACGAGAAGGACCGAGAGACGCUGGUGCGACGCUUAGAAGCGGAGAUUGAGGCGCACCGAUUCACGGUGCAAAAGUAUGAGGCUCGCCUUAAGUUGGCUGAGCGGGAGUUGAUAGACCACCUCACUUCCGCAACGUCUGUGCCGCGGGAUGCAUUGGUGUCGAGUGACGCCUUCGCCUUUUUCAAGCAUUCGGGAAACGAGGAGGAAGACGGCAAUGGCGACACGGGAGCCGCAACACCGCCAUCGCCGCCACGCACGUCAGCAAAGGCGGCCGCAGCGAUAGACCAGCACGCUGUGAGGGGCGCCGACACCAUUCGGCGUCAGUGCACCAUGGAGAGGGUUGCGGCGCCCUCCCAGCGGGGGGACGUGAAGGUGCUGCUGGAGAGAGACAAGGACAACCCACAGAAGAGGCGGGAGGUUCCUUACCCCGUUGCUCGUAGAAACGGUACUGUUGCCAAUGCAUAUCCUUCUGCGUUUUCUUUGUCCCCAGCUCCCACUGCUGCUGUUGCGCAGCCUUCACCGGAGAUGUGGCUGCAGCAGCGUGCGACUUCACAGUCCCUCUCAUCGCUUGACACUUUGCACGACGGGAUGGGCGACGACUCGACAGGAGAGGGAUCGGUGGCGCACUCGCCCCCUCCAUCACCACUGUCAUCAAGGAAAGGGCGGCGCCCGCGGAGGGGUGAAAUUCGGGAGGGCAGGACUGUGGUGUCCUCACAGCAGCAACUGCGCAGACGGCCCCGGGCGAUUUUGCUCAGCCCUUUGCCCUUUUGA